AUAGAUGAUCAUGCGACUCAUGUACCACAUUACAAAGAACACAAGUUUACUCAUUCUCACAAAGUCAUGGUUUAUCAAGUAUAGAUGACUGUCCCUGGAUGACCAACCAAAGAAUGAAGUUAUGACGAGCGAUUUUGCCUCGGACAUGAAACAAUCGUGCCCAAUAAAGUUAAUACAAAGUUUUGUUUCAAUAAAAUAAGAUAAAAUAAAAUAAAAUGCAAAAUUGAUAUAUAACACAUUGUGUAAAACUUUUAUUAUAUAUCUAAACAAUAAUAAACCAAUUCUAAUGUAUACAAAUUUUUAUGAAUUCAAACACAAGAAUUAACUAUGACUUAGUUAAUUGAUAAAAUCUCCCAAACAAGAAUCGCCGGUCUUCUCCGAGGUUCAAACAUAUAUUAAAACCCCAAAUCCUCUGUUUUCAGUUUAGUUCAAGAAGCAAUGGCCCCUCUUUUAAAACCUUCCUUCCAUAUCUUUCACCACCACCACACACGGUGGCUCGUCACCGGCCUCCUCCCUCUUCCGCAAACUCUCAUCUUGCUUCUCCCGAGACUUAAUCAUUCUGUAUCUUCCCCAAUUCCUACAUUCAGACUCCAUUCUACUGUUUCUGCGGCUCAGACUCAGCAUCUGGACAAUGCCGGAACUGGUUCAGUAUCUUCACUGUCCUCCGUUCAACAACCUGAGUAUUCCUAUCAACAAAGAAUCGAUGUGAAUCCGCCUAAAGGUACCCGCGAUUUCCCCCCUGAAGAUAUGCGCCUUCGCAAUUGGCUCUUCAAUCAUUUCAAAGAGGUCUCCAAUUUAUAUGGUUUUGAAGAAGUUGAUUUUCCCAUCCUAGAAUCAGAGGCUUUGUAUAUCAGAAAAGGAGGGGAAGAGAUUAGAGACCAGCUUUACUGCUUUGAGGACCGGGGAAAACGCCGAGUAGCAUUGAGGCCCGAACUUACUCCUUCUCUCGCUAGGCUUGUGAUACAGAAAGGAAAAUCGGUACCCCUCCCUUUAAAAUGGUUUGCUGUUCAACAGUGCUGGCGUUACGAGAGACCGACAAAGGGCAGACGCCGUGAGCACUACCAGUGGAAUAUGGAUAUAAUUGGUGUACCUGACGUUACAGCUGAGGCUGAGCUGAUUACGUCCAUUAUAACCUUUUUCAAACGUGUUGGGAUCACAGCAUCUGAUGUUGGGUUCAAGAUUUCUAGUCGGAAAGUUUUGCAAGAAGUUUUGAGACGUUAUUCUGUACCAGACCACUUGUUUAGCAGAGUUUGCAUCAUUAUUGACAAGUUAGAAAAGAUUCCGAUUGAUGAAAUGAAGAAAGAGUUGAGAUCUUGUGAGUUAUCAGAGGAGAUUGUUGAGGAGCUGCUGCAAAUUCUAUCUGUUAAGUCUUUGGCAAAAUUGGAAGAGAAACUUGGUACAGUCGGGGCACUUGAUGACUUGAAGCGAUUAUUUUCACAUGUUGAGAAUUGUGGCUAUUCCGAGUGGAUUCAGUUUGAUGCAUCUAUUGUUCGGGGCUAACAUAUUAUACAGGAGUUGUAUUUGAGGGAUUUGUCCGGGAAGGGAGGAUGCGAGCCAUUUGUGGGGGUGGCCGGUAUGAUCAGUUGCUCUCUACUUUUGGAGGAGAUGACAUUCCAGCUUGUGGAUUUGGCUUUGGGGAUGCUGUUAUUAUGGAUGUGAGUAAAUUUUCUGGUUAUAUUCAUUCACUUUUCUUUUAUUUUUUGGUAAACUAGGUACUUCCAGUUAUCAUUGGAGGUUAUAAACUGCAAAUAUUGUGGAUAUAUUAAGUUCUUCCCAUUCAUAGUAACUUUAUAGUUCUUUAUGUUUGUGCUUUAUAGUUGCCCUUUUACUGACUUACAAUUUUGUGAAAGUCCAUUUUAGUUGUGGACGGUCUAAAUCACUUGGAGAAAAACUCUAGUUCCCUUGUAAAUUAUUAUUCGGAGAGAGGAAAGAAUAUGUUGGUUAUGAUUAAUAGCAGAUUAGUUACCUUAGUGUAGAGUGCUUGGGGGACUUCCAACUUGAUGUAAGCUUUUGCACAGACAGGAUUUUUUGGCUUAACACUCAGCCAAAAGUAUUUUGAGUAGACAUCUGAUUGCUUCUCCUGGCUUAAAUGUUUGUCUAUCAUUUGCUAUGAAACUAUUCAAAUAUGACAAGAAACUUAUACUUGUAAUCCUAUCAAAAGCCAUACCCUGGCACAAAUUUAUCAGCCGGCCUGUAGGGAUUCGUGACAUUUAUGUGAUUGCCCCUUCUUCUACCCAGCCUGGUAUUGCCUCCAUCAUUAACUGAGACUCUUCUGCAUAUAAGCUCAUAAAGAUUGUUGUUCCUUUUCUUUGUAUGAAGUUCCAAAAUUUUGCUGUUUAUUAACAUUGUAAUGAUGUUUGAGUGUUUCUCUACAUCAAUAUCUUGCUGUUACGGUAGCAUGCUCAUUAUUCAAGGCAUUACUGCACUUUUGACCAUCUCACAAUCUUCAUUUUCAACUUUUCCUUAUACUAUUUUGUUUGUGAUUUAGCUGCUUAAGGAAAAAGGUCUUCUCCCAGAACUUAGCCUCAAUGUGAAGAACAUUGUCUGUUCACUAGAUGCUGAUCUCCAAGGUGAGGCCGGUGCAAUUGCAAGCAUUCUCAGGGAGAAGGGCCAAAGUGUUGAUUUGGUAUUGGAGAAUAAACCACUCAAGUGGUAAGAACAGGUUUACGAUAUGUUUUACUAGUUCCACUUAUUGUAGAACAUGUGUGUUGAGUUUAUCUCUUAGUUUUUCCAGAUGAGCUUCUAACAUUUUGUAGUUGGUUAGCGGCUUUUGUGUCAUGUUAAUAAUUAUACUAACUCUUGCUUUGAUAGGGUGUUCAAACGAGCAGAUCGAGUCAAUGCAGAAAGGUUGAUACUGGUUGGACGUGCUGAGUGGCAGAAAGGCAUGGUAGCUGUUAAGUAUCUUUCAUCUGGCAUACAGAACGAGGUCAAGGUCGAUGAACUAGAAUAGUUUGGAUGGCUGUGGUUCGACUUUUGUACAGGCACUUUUAGUUAUUAGGUUCAUAAAACUAUUCUUUGGUGCCAUUUGCCCGAAACAAAGCCUAUUGAAGGUUAUGGAGGUUUCGGCGUUAUUUUUCUGGAGUAGAGUACUAGAUCAACAAGUAUUUGCGAAUCAGUUUUUGUAGUGAUGAAGUAGAAAGCCAAAGUGAGUUUGUUGAUAUCUUUUCGAAAUUUAACAAAAUGGUUGCAACGAGAGUAGUUGCUGAUGUAUUUGAUUGCUCACAACAAUACCUAUUAGUUCAACCCAAAUCUGCACUUGCAGAGUUGCAAUUUUGCCCAGUUUUGGAAACAAAACAGUCGAAACAAGCAAACCCG